CUCUCUACCAUUGUGGCCGCACGCCUCCUCUCUCUCUCUCCAUCUCUCUCUCUCUUCCUCGCCAAAUCUCUAAAACCCUAGAAGGCCACAUUCGAGGUUCCAGAUUUUCCAGUUCGAAUUACUCCGUUCUCUCAUACUUUUUGUACCUCGCUUCGAUUCUUCAGUAGCUUAAUCUGUAAGUAACACAUGGCUGACGUGGAACAGAGCUACACGCAUGUCGACGAUAAUGAAGUUGAUGAGACUGCACAAAUAUAUGAGAACGCACAAAUAUAUGAGAAUGCUCAGGUACAGGACAAUACACUAGAACAGGAGAGUACAGAGGAGCCAGAAAACUUGCACGGACUUGAGAAUGAACAUGUACCAGAAACCUUAGAGUUGGAGCCAAAAGAGGUGCAUAAUGAGGAUACUCUGGCUGUUGUUGGUGAGAAGAAGUGGCCUGGAUGGCCAGGAGAGAGUGUUUUUCGAAUGUUGGUUCCUGCUCAAAAGGUUGGUAGUAUAAUUGGUCGCAAAGGUGAGUUCAUCAAGAAAAUAGUCGAGGAAACGAGAGCUCGGAUUAAAAUUCUUGAUGGUCCUCCUGGAACAGCGGAAAGAGCAGUAAUGGUGUCUGCGAAGGAGGAACCCGAUUCUGAUUUUCCUCCUGCGGUGGAUGGACUUCUGAGGGUUCAUAAACGUAUUGUUGAUGGUCUGGAGGGUGAUAAUGCUAAUGCUCCUAACAUGGGAGGCAAAGUCUCAACGAGACUGCUAGUUGCAGCUUCACAAGCAGGAAGUUUAAUCGGGAAGCAGGGAGGGACCGUUAAAUCCAUUCAAGAAGAGUCAAAUUGUAUAGUUAGAGUUCUUGGAUCAGAAGAUUUGCCUGUUUUUGCUCUCCAAGACGAUAGAGUUGUUGAAGUACUAGGCGAUCCAGCUGGUGUGCACAAAGCCGUGGAACUCAUUGCUUCUCAUCUGAGAAAGUUUCUGGUUGACCGAAGCAUUAUCCCAGUUUUUGAAAUGAAUAUGCAGAUGACAAAUCAACAGAUGGAGCACAUGCCACCACCACACCAAUCUUGGGGCCCACCUCAAGGAAUGCCACCAAAUGCUGGGGGUGGUCCUGGCUUCGGACCGAAUCCUCCAUACAUGCCACCACCUCGUCAAUUUGACAAUUAUUAUCCACCUGCUGAUAUGCCAUCGGCUAUGGAUAAGCAACCUCAUCAUGGAAUUUCUGCUUAUGGUAGGGAAGCUCCUAUGGGUGUUCAUCCGCAAACAAAUGCACAGUCAGUGCCUUCAAUUGUCACACAGACAACCCAACAAAUGCAGAUUCCAUUAUCUUUUGCUGACGCUGUCAUUGGAACUGCUGGCGCUAGUAUAAGCUACAUUCGUCGUGCUAGUGGGGCUACCGUUACUAUCCAAGAAACGAGGGGAGUCCCUGGGGAAAUGACGGUAGAAAUGAGUGGAACUGCUUCUCAAGUUCAAGCAGCCCAGCAGCUUAUACAGAAUUUUAUGGCCGGUGCUGGAGCUCCAGCGCAGGCUCAAGCUGGGGGUUCGGCAGACCAAGGGUACAACUCUUACACUCAAGGUUCAGUCUAUGCAUCACCCCCUGCCGCAAACCCAGGUCAUGCAAGUCAUGCUGGAGGCUAUGGCUCUGUCUACAGUACGAAUUAUGGGUACUAAGCCUUUGUACGUUGUAAAAUUCUCCCCAACUUGGCGUGGUUGCGGCGAAAUGGCAUUGGUCACUCAAAACCUCCAUCAUUAGUAAGCUUUGCAUCAUGUAGCCUCCUUUUAAAUAGAUUCUACCUGAAAACUUUUUGAACCAUUCUGCAUUAGUAGCCUAUUUGUAUGAUUUAGCGAAAUCUGUCUCUCUGAAAUUUUAGCACCAAGUUUUUUUUUUUUACUUAUAAGAUGUGAUGAACGGACAUUUUAAGAGGAGCUGCUACACUGUCGCACCCUAAAAAUUGGAGGAGAAUGAGAUUAUAGUA